ACGCCGCCCGCCCGCCGCCCGCCCGCCGCCCGCCCGCCGCCCGCCGCUCGCCAUGGAUGCCGGAGUGACUGAGAGCGGACUCAACGUGACUCUCACCAUUCGGCUGCUCAUGCACGGGAAGGAAGUGGGGAGCAUCAUCGGGAAGAAAGGGGAGUCGGUGAAGAGGAUCCGCGAGGAGAGCGGCGCGCGGAUCAACAUCUCGGAGGGCAACUGCCCCGAGCGGAUCAUCACCCUGACGGGCCCGACCAAUGCCAUCUUCAAGGCCUUCGCCAUGAUCAUCGACAAGCUGGAGGAAGACAUCAACAGCUCCAUGACCAACAGCACGGCGGCCAGCAGGCCCCCGGUCACCCUGCGGCUCGUGGUGCCGGCCACGCAGUGCGGCUCGCUGAUCGGGAAGGGCGGCUGCAAGAUCAAGGAGAUCCGCGAGAGCACGGGCGCCCAGGUGCAGGUGGCGGGGGAUAUGCUGCCCAACUCGACCGAGCGGGCCAUCACCAUCGCGGGCGUGCCGCAGUCGGUCACCGAGUGUGUCAAGCAGAUCUGCCUGGUCAUGCUCGAGACGCUCUCCCAGUCCCCGCAGGGGAGAGUCAUGACCAUCCCGUACCAGCCCAUGCCGGCCAGCUCGCCGGUCAUCUGCGCGGGCGGCCAAGACCGCUGCGGCGACGCGGCCGGCUACCCGCACGCCACCCACGACCUGGAGGGGCCGCCCCUGGACGCCUACUCGAUCCAAGGACAACACACCAUCUCUCCGCUCGACCUGGCCAAGCUGAACCAGGUGGCAAGACAACAGUCUCACUUUGCCAUGAUGCACGGCGGGACGGGAUUCGCCGGAAUUGACUCCAGCUCCCCCGAGGUGAAAGGCUAUUGGGCAAGUUUGGAUGCGUCCACUCAAACCACCCAUGAACUCACCAUUCCAAAUAACUUAAUUGGCUGCAUAAUCGGGCGCCAGGGCGCCAACAUCAAUGAGAUCCGCCAGAUGUCCGGGGCCCAGAUCAAAAUUGCCAACCCCGUGGAAGGCUCCUCUGGUAGGCAGGUUACUAUCACUGGUUCUGCUGCCAGUAUUAGUCUGGCCCAGUAUCUAAUCAAUGCCAGGCUCUCCUCCGAGAAGGGCAUGGGGUGCAGCUAGAACGGUGUAGGUUCGCUUACAAGCCGCCGCCACCACCACCACCCCACCCGCCCCCCCCCUCCCCACCCCCUUUCUGCUGUUUUCCCAUGAUCCAACUGUGUAAUUUCUGGUCAGUGAUUCCAGGUUUUAAAUAAUUUGUAAGUGUUUCAGUUUCUACACGACUUUAUCAUCUGCUAAGAAUUUAAAAAAAAAAAAUCACAUUUCUCUGUUCAGCUGUUAACGCUGGGAUCCAUAUUUAGUUUUAUAAGCUUUUCCCUGUUUUUAGUUUUGUUUUGGGUUUUUGGCUCAUGGAUUUUAUUUCUGUUUGUCGAUAAGAAAUGUUAAGAGUGGAAUGUUAAUAAAUUUCAGUUUAGUUCUGUAAUGUCAAGGAUUUAAAAAUUAAAAAAUGGAUUGGUUAAAAAAUGCUUCAUAUUUGAAAAAGCUGGGAACUGCUAUCUUGAA